AGGAGGAAAAGAAGCGGGGUGUCGUGGGAGGCUGAGCGUGCAGGCAAGCCCGGAGGACGCUGCCGUGAGAAGGAAAGACUGCGGGGAGGGGGCGCGGGAAAGAGAGAGAGAGAGAAGCUGGAGGAAGAGUGAAGGGAGCGGGGCAGGCAGGCAGGAGAGAUGAGCGCUCGGUUCCUUAGGAGCAACGAGGAGGAGCAGCAGCAGGAGGAACAGCCCCAGCCUUUGCGGCCGUGGUUGUCGUCGCCGUCUCUGCCGUGCGAAUGAACUAAGGCAAAGGCGCUUUCGCCGGCUUGGCUCGGCCCACUCAGUGCUAUCCUUCCGACCCCUUUCUGGUAGCCUUCUCUUCUGGCUCGCCUGGACUGAAAGAUUUGAAAGAACAAUACAUCAUGGGAGCUUUUCUAGACAAGCCAAAGAUGGAGAAGCACAAUGCCCAAGGGCAGGGCAAUGGACUACGCUAUGGGUUAAGUAGCAUGCAAGGUUGGCGAGUUGAGAUGGAAGAUGCACAUACAGCUGUGAUUGGCCUGCCAAAUGGACUUGAUGGAUGGUCUUUUUUUGCUGUGUAUGAUGGACAUGCUGGAUCCCAAGUUGCCAAAUACUGCUGUGAGCAUUUGUUAGAUCACAUCACAAGCAAUCAUGAUUUUAAAGGAUGUGGUGCUUCACCAUCUGUGGAAAGUGUAAAGACUGGAAUCAGAACAGGUUUUCUGCAGAUUGAUGAACAAAUGAGGUUACUAUCAGAAAAAAAACAUGGUGCAGACAGAAGCGGGUCAACAGCCGUGGGAGUCUUGAUUUCUCCCCAACACACUUAUUUCAUCAACUGUGGAGAUUCUAGAGGUUUACUUUGUAGAAACACAAAGGUUUAUUUCUUUACACAGGAUCAUAAACCAAAUAAUCCACUGGAGAAGGAACGUAUACAAAAUGCAGGUGGUUCAGUAAUGAUUCAGCGUGUGAAUGGAUCUCUGGCUGUAUCUAGAGCACUUGGGGACUUUGAUUACAAAUGUGUUCAUGGGAAAGGCCCCACAGAGCAGCUUGUCUCUCCAGAACCUGAAGUAUACGAAAUUGAGAGAUCAGAAGAAGAGGAUCAGUUCAUCAUAUUGGCUUGUGAUGGUAUCUGGGAUGUUAUGGGAAAUGAAGAGCUGUGUGAAUUUGUCAGAUCAAGGCUUGAAGUCACUGAUGAUCUCGAAAGAGUUUGUAAUGAGAUAGUUGACACCUGCUUGUACAAGGGUAGCCGAGACAACAUGAGUGUGAUACUGAUUUGUUUUCCAAAUGCACCAAAGGUAUUACCAGAUGCAGUGAAGAGAGAGACAGAGCUGGACAAGUUCCUGGAAAGCAGAGUAGAAGAGAUCAUAAAGAAGCAGGGUGAAGGAGUACCAGACUUAGUCCACGUCAUGCGUACAUUGCAAACAGAGAGCAUCCCAAAUCUUCCACCCGGGGGUGAAUUGGCGAGCAAACGGAGUGUGAUUGAAGCCAUUUAUAACAGACUGAAUCCUUAUCGGAAUGAUGAAGCUUCUGGAUUAUCCAGAAAUUGCUGUAAUUUUGGGCGCUCCAGACUUUAAAGGGUUUGUUCUCUUUUCUUAAAGGACUCUGCAUCAACUGAUGAUAUGUGGUAAAAUGCCAUCUAAGCUGUGGAAUUAGCACCGAUUCUCCUAAUGGGAAACUUACCCAACCAACAACGAUCCUUCUUAGCAUCAGUUUCACAUAUGUUUGAAGGGAAGUAAUGUUGGUAUUAGUGAAUACAUCAGAAAACAGCAGUUCAACACUUAUCCCAGGAAUUAUUAUUAUUAUUUUUUUGUGAAGCAAACUUCUGUAAAAGUGAUACUGAAACUAUGAUGCUGUAAAUUGGACUCCAAGCAAUUUUAUGUUGUAUGAUUUUGUUUUGUAAAGUGCAGUUGUGGUUGUCCAGAAUGCUUAUUCAUAAUGAGCUGUUUUACAUCGUAAAUGAAAGGCUUGGUUUGUUGUUUAACACAACAGUACUCUAGCUCUUUCUAUUUGUUUUUGUGGUUCUGGAUUGCUGGGAGUAGCAAAAUACUCAGCAAAAUACUCAGGAGGUGCAUGAAAAUUUUGUAAAGGAAAUUUGAUAUAAAGGCAGAUUAUUGUAACUGUAGUAUGGAAAAUAACUGGAACACAGUUAAUUUUCCUUCAGACUUUAAUUCUUUUUUGAUCUUAAAAUUAUGGCAGAUCUAAAGUCCCACUGAAAUAUGUGAAAGAUUUCAGCAAAAGAAGAAAAGUUCAUCAACUUUACAAGAUGGCUAUUAAAUAGAUCCUGGGAGCUAAAAACUUUGAUGAAUUGCACCUUUUUUAGAGAAAAACUUUACCUUCGAUUAAGUAACAGUUAUGUUAAGAAAUGGUAUCUUUCUAUAUUUAGUAGGAGCAUGCACCAUUUUAUUAGCCCGAUUGGCUGGAUUGGCUGCUGUUCCAAGUAAAAAUUCUUUUUAAUUCCAUUUUAUCAAUAAAGCUUGAUUUAACAAGAAAUUUAACAAGAAAUGUGUAACUCAUUCUCUUUCCUGUUGUCUUCUGAAAUGUUCAUAAAUAAAGUGUCAUGUUGAUAAAUAUUUUUAUUAAACAAUUGCCCAUUUAUGAAAUGGGAAGAACUCUUGAUUGUGCCCAAGGCACAAUGGAGUUUAUUUUCUAAUUAAUGGGCAUAAUAUGCUUUGAGAAACAGAAUGAUCUUGUUACAUGAGUUUUAUUUCAAGAUUUUAGUUUGAUAGCAUUAUAUGAGCAUACUGUAUACAUGCUUCUUAACGAAAUUAAUUUGUCAGAGCCUGACAAUCUUAUUUUGACUGAACAGUAGGUGUGAUUUGAAGUGCAUAGAUUCAGAAUAUUGAAUCAUUGAGUUUAAUUUGCUUUUUUAAAAAAAAUGAAAUAAUAAAACUAAUUUGACUUGAAUUUUCCUCUACUGAAAACAAGAUAAAUUGAUUAUGUGUUUGCAGAACUACUGUUUUAUGCACCUUGUAUUUUCUUUUUGUUUUUUUCAGUUGAGGGUAUUGUAUGAUCAUUAUGUAUUUCUGUAAAUUUUCAGCCAACUGAUGCCCCUCCAAAGGAAAACCAACAAUAUAUAAAUAGAUAGUAACAAUGUAGCUAGCAUUUUUUAAAAGGUGUAAAACAUACCUUUUUAUAGGAAGCAAUGUACAACUCACAUGUUUAUAUCCCUCUUUCCUUAAUUUUCAGAUAUACAUUUGUUUGUAUAUAGAGCCUUAAAACUAUUGCAGUUAGGAAAUGUUGAAAAAGUAAUGUCUAAGGAUUGUUAUUAUUAUAAUCACAAAUAUUUUAUUUCUCUUGUUUGGUUGUUUAACAUCACUGUGUUCAGUUUCUACCCUUUUGAAGCAUGAAUGAAGAAAACAUAAGCACUAUUUGUAUUUAUAAAUUUAGAGCAGCUUUAGGUAAAGCAGCAGUCACUCACCCUACCUACAUUAAAUGCCUAAAAUACAGUUUUGUUGAGUUCAGGCAAUAAAAUUGUUAAGUAUAACUUCGUAUACACCUAAUUAAGAGGCUAUAUUUGAACUACUAAUCAAUUAACAAGAAUGGAUUGGUUUUAGAGUUAGAAACAGAACUCAGCAUUAUUUUUUGUGUAUAUUGAAGUAUACACAUAUAUAAAGGUGGCAAAAACUCAGACAGAAACAAGUUUUUAAAAUUUUCAAAUGGAAAGCCAUAUGAUUAAUAUUAUCAAUUGUAAUAUAACAGCACUUGUUUAAAAUUUGUGCAACGUCUUAAAGAUAAGAACAGUUAUUCUGCUAUUACUUAUAAUCAUUCUUAAAAGUAAGAUUUGGGUAGAAAAGAGGUACAGCAGUUGUACAUUAGCCUAUCUAUGUUUGGCUCUUUACUAGAGUCAAGGCACUGUGUUACUAGGCUUAUGAAUACAUGGCAAUUUUAUGUAUUAAUCAAAGUGAAAUUAAAUUCAUAUAAUCCAUGAAUUACAAAUUUUAAUAAGGAUGCUUUUUCUUGUUCACCAAACUGCAAAAAAAAAAAACACGUGGUUUUUUUUUUUCAUUUUUGCAACUUUUUUAAAUGCUAGAAAUGUCUGAACACCUCAGGGGCAGUCCAGCAUAGUUUAAAGAAUUGUGUGCUACAGUAUUUAUUUCCCUAGUCAGAGGUGAAAGAGUGGAUGCCUGUCUGCUGAUGAAAUAAAAUAAAACAAUGGUCCCAAA